AUGACUAUCCUGAGUGGUUGCUACUACUAUGUUCGCCGAAGUGAUCGAGAAUAUCUACCCCAGAUUUCACUCGAAGCCCACGCCACCAUCCUCCCGACUACAUCUUCCACGACCCUCACCCAACGAUUCGCCAACCCACUGGAAAAUUCCCUGAAGGAGGUCUCCUAUGAGUUUCCUCUCUACGACGGCGUGAGUGUUGUCGGGUUUGAGUGUCAGGUGGGAAAGCGUCGACUUCGCAGCCAAGUCAAAACAAAAGAACAAGCCAACGCCGAUUACCAGAAUGCCGUGGAACAGGGAAGAAAGGCUGCUGUCUUUGACCAUUCUGACAGAAAUGGCGAUAUUUUCUAUCUCCGUCUCGGCAGCGUCCCACCCCGCGAAUCAAUCCGGGUCCAAAUCACCUUCGUCGGAGAGCUGAAACAAGAUUCCCAAGUCAACGGCAUCCGCUACAUCCUGCCAAACGCGAUUGCCCCUCGCUACGGAAGACUUUGCGAAACACGCUACCAAGCCAGAGAUCACUAUGGACCUGCAGAGCUACAAGGAAUUGAUAUUACCGUCGAUGUCAAAAUGGAGCGAUAUUCGAUCAUCAGGAAUAUCAUGUCUCCCGGCCAUGCCGUCAAGUUCUCACUUGGUCGAAUCUCUUCAGCUCCGACAGAGUAUUCUUCCUUCGAUCCAUAUUUCGCAUUUGCAAAUCUGCGACUCGAUAAUCAAGACCAUGCUUUGCUGGAACGCGACUUCGUCCUCGUCGUCAAGGCCGAUGGAAUUGACAAAACCUUUGCCAUGCUUGAGACUCACCCGACAUUGCCUGAUCAGCGAGCGAUCAUGGCGUCAAUUGUUCCAAGAUUCAAUCUAACCCCGGCGAGCCCAGAGAUUGUCUUCAUCAUUGAUCGCAGUGGCAGCAUGCAUUCCAAAAUCCCAACCCUCAAGUCUGCGUUGCGAGUGUUUCUGAAGUCACUGCCCCUGGGAGUUUGCUUCAACAUCUGCUCGUUUGGAAGUAAAUUUACUUUUCUGUGGCCAGAAAGUCGUGUAUACGAUGCUUCAAGUCUGAAAGACGCAUUCAAUUUCGUUGGUACUGUGGAUGCGAACUAUGGUGGAACCGAGAUCGAAGAUGCAAUGAGGGCAACAGUACAAAGGCGAAUGGACAAUAGAGAGCUCGAAGUCCUCCUACUCACCGAUGGUCAAAUUUUCAAUCAGCAAUCUUUGUUUGGCUUUAUUCAACAAAUCCGGGCCACAGACACCGUCCGCGUUUUUGCUCUCGGAAUCGGUGAUGCGACGUCACAUUCCUUGAUCGAAGGUAUUGCCCGUUCAGGCAAUGGAAUCGCACAGACCGUUUUGGAUCUUGAGGAGCUGGAUCAGAAGGUGAUAAAAAUGCUCAAAGGCGCUCUCACUCCUCAAAUCCGUGACUGCACGCUUGAAAUCGAAUACGAUGACGGAAGUGAAGACAAACCCGAGAUCAUCGAUGCUGACAAUUCGAUGACCGACUCUCAAACUGAAACGGAAAGCAAUUUUCCAGCGACUUCCAUCAGAAAUACUCAACGGGUAAUCCCCAUCUUUGUCGAUGAAUUCAACGAGGCCGAAGUCAAUGUUGGAGUUCCUCAAGACGACGAUACUGCUGACCUUCCUCGUAUUGUUGCGCCUAGGAGUCUCCAAGCCCCUCACAAGAUACCUUCCCUGUACUCGUUUAUUAGGACCGACAUUUAUUUUAUCAUGGACCCUAAUCUAUCUGACAAGACUCCGCGACAUCUCAGACUCGAUGCUACUUCUAAGCAUGGUCCCCUGCAUUUGCGCAUACCAAUCACCGACACCGGAAAAAGCGCGAUGAUCCACCAACUUGCCGCACGGAAAGUGACGAUGGAGCUCGAGCAGGGAAAUGGCUGGCUCGGUGACUCUCAGGAUAAAUAUGGCAAGUCCUUUCAUCAAUUGCACUUCAACACAAAAAACCGCAUCAUCAUUCGAGAAUGUCAGGCCCUCGGUCUCAAGUACCAAGUCACCGGGAAGCACUGCUCCUUCAUUUCCGUUGAGAAUGACGAUGUCGACGAGUCCACUGGAAAGACCCAAUUUCAGGGCACAAAACCACCCAGGUUCCCCAGAGGUGAUACAGGUGAUGCCAGGUAUUCCUAUCACGCCAGAUAUUCCGAUCAUGCUAGGUAUUCCGACAUUUCUAGCUUCUCGAGAGACCAGGAGGAAGUUCCAACUGGGUCCAGCAGUGAUCGUAGUGUCCCUAAGGCGACAUGCGCAUCUGCCGCACCCCCCACAACAGACCAUGACAUUACCCCACCCGCAGGCGCACCUACGAAGACGGUAUCACCUGGGCCCAAAAAUUGGAGGGGCAGAAGGGGAGGUGAACGUACAAGCGGGCACAAAGGUGAAAGAUGUCUCGGAAAUGCAAAUUUUUGGCCUCCUGCCAUGGUGCAAACCUUUAUUGGACAAAAUAUUUCCAGAUCAUCUAGUGAACCAGGCUUUGGGACUGCUCGUCCAAUCCAACCAGAUCACUCAUCUGCUCUAUCCCAGGUUCACGCGUUGAUUGGAAUGCAAUGUUUUGAGGGAAACUGGGAAUGGAAACCCGAUCUCUUCGCGUUGUUGUACAUCUCAGAAGAUCGUGUGCGCCGCAGAAUUUGGGGGAUUAUUGUGUAUCCCAUUGCUGAGCAUGAUUGGAAGAUUUUUGCAACUCUUCUCGCUAUGGGAUUCCUCGGAGGACAUUAUUCCUCUCAAGGUACCUGGGAUCUGGUUUAUCAUAAGGCUGAAGAGUGGAUUAACAAGACUCUAAAGAAUUUGGGAGAGUAUGGUCAAGAAAUCGACAAUUCGAAAGUGAACGUUAUGGAUUUGGUUCAAGAGAAAAGUUGGUUUGCUACGAGAAGGUGGGGAAUGAGAGGAUACUAG